AUGCAGCAGCCUCCUCUCGCUGUUCCUCCUCCUGUCGUUCAACCGACGGUGAGGCGGAGUGGGAGAUACGCGCUCGCGGAGGACGGCUCGGGGGUGACGGAUGAGGACGUCAUGCAGAGAGCUAUGCGACGCAAGGCGGAGAAGAACCUCGACAUGACUGGAAGUGGAUUUCUGCUCAUGCGUUUGCACUUCGAUCGUACCGCCCGCAGCUAUAAGACCCCCGCUAUAGGAACGAUACAUGUAUAUGCAGAGCACCAUCAGUGGAGAAUAGAGCAGAGCACACCAAUGGCGUCUUCCUACCGAGGCCUCCACAUUAGCCUCGCGCUCCUCUUCGUCAACCUGCUGCUUCUUCUCCGACACGCCCAUGGUGCAGCAGCAGGCGCGGCUAAAAGCAAAGUCUCGGCCGUCUUCGUGUUCGGCGACUCCAUUGUCGAUCCCGGCAACAACAACAACCGGAUCACGGCGGCCAAGGCCGACUUCCCGCCCUACGGCCAGGACUUCCCCGGCGGGAAUGCAACCGGGAGAUUCUCCAAUGGCAAGGUACCUGGGGACAUAAUAGCUUCCAGGUUAGGAGUGAAGGAACUAUUGCCACCUUACAUCGGAGAGGAUCUUGAGCUAGGUGACCUACGCACUGGUGUUGUCUUUGCCUCAGGGGGCAGUGGAUAUGAUCCUUUAACUUCAAUACUCACGACUGCUACAUCGAGUACCGGACAGCUUGAGUUAUUCCAUGACUACAAGGAGAGGUUAAAAGCUUUAGUCGGUGAAGAGGAGACAACACGUGUUAUCUCUGAAGGCAUAUACUUCACCGUCAAUGGGGCAAAUGACCUCGCAAAUAAUUAUUUCUCAAUAAUUCCCUUGAGGCGCCAUCAAUAUGACCUUCCUACAUAUGUAAGAUUUAUUGUUUCUUCGGCCGUCAACUUUACAAUGAAAUUAAAUGAGAUGGGUGCAAAGAGAAUUGGGUUCAUUGGCAUCCCACCAAUUGGAUGUUGUCCUUCACAAAAAGAGCUUGGAUCAAGAGAAUGUGAGCCAUUGAGGAAUCAAGCGGCACAAUUAUUCAACUCUGAAAUCACAAAGGAAAUCCAUCGGCUAAAUGCAGAACAAACUGUUCCAGGCUCAAAGUUUGCUUAUCUUGAUAUAUACUAUAAUUUGCUUGAUCUCAUUCAGCGACCUAAUUAUUAUGGUUUCAACGAGGCUGCUGAGGGUUGUUGUGGCAGUACAGUACUAAAUGCAGCAAUAUUCAUUGAAAAUCAUCCUGCAUGUCCAAAUGUUCAAGAUUAUAUUUUCUGGGACAGCUUCCAUCCUACCGAAAAGGCCUACAAUAUUGUAGUUGAUAAACUCUUUCAGCAAAAUUUACAGGACCUACUGUGA